CUAUAAUUUAUAUCAGAUUAAUGCUAUUAGGAGAGCUGGUGGGAUAUAAAGCGCUGUUAGACUGAAGCGGAUUAUCUAUACACGCACUACAGCACCUCCUACAGGACAGGGGCUGAAAUCCAGCGCUCCUCAUUACUGACUGGGAUUAGAUCUUCACCCGUUCUCUUCACCAUGGCUCCUAAUCCUGAACUCUCCUACCUGGACCGAGUGGUGAUGGAGAUUAUAGAGACGGAACGAACCUACGUUAGAGAUCUGCGCAGCAUCGUCGAGGACUAUCUCGCCCACAUUAUUGAUGCUUCAGAUUUAUUGAUCGGACCCGAGCAGGUUUGUUCUCUGUUUGGGAACAUCGAGGAUAUCUACGAGUUUAACAGUGAGCUGCUGCAGGACCUGGAUCAGUGUCAGAACGAUCCCGUCUCCAUCGCCCGCUGCUUCGUACUCAGGAGUGAUUAUUUUGAGAUCUACACACAGUACUGCACCAACUACCCAAACUCGGUCGCUACGCUAACAGAGUGCAUGAGGAACAAAACGCUGCUGAAGUUCUUCAUGGAGAGACAGGAAGUACUGAAGCAUCCACUUCCUCUGGGUUCAUACCUGCUCAAACCUGUCCAGAGGAUCCUCAAAUAUCACCUGCUGUUACAGGAGAUCUCGAAACACUUUAACCCGGACAGUGACGGGUACGAGGUGGUGGUGGACGCCAUUAACACCAUGACUGAAGUGGCGUGGUACAUCAACACCAUGAAGAGAAAACAUGAACACGCCGUGCGCUUACAGGAGGUUCAGUCGUUGCUGAUUGGUUGGCGCGGUCCCGACCUGAGCACCUACGGCGAGCUGGUUCUGGAGGGAACGUUCCGCUUUCAUCACGCCAAGAACGACAGAACGCUCUUCCUCCUGGAGCGGCUUCUACUGAUCACCAAACGCAGAGGAGAGAACUUCAUCUACAAAACACACAUCUCUUGCUCCACGCUGAUGUUGAUGGAGGGAGCGAAAGACUCGCUGUGUUUCAGUCUAACUCACUACAAACACCCCAAACACCCAUAUACUGUACAGGCCAGAACGACGGAGGACAAGAAGCUCUGGACUCACCACAUCAAACGUCUGAUCCUAGAGAAUCAUCACACAGUUAUUCCUCAGAAGGCUAAAGAUGCGAUUCUGGAAAUAGAUUCAUCAUAUCCGCGCAGCAGGUUUAACGCUGAGAGGAAGAUAAAAACUCAGUCGCAGGAUUUUACUCUGAAUCAUAAAUCAGAAUUGAUCAAACACGCGGUGAAACAUAAUAAAGAACCUGCAGCAUCACUCAAGCUCUGGGUCAGUGAGAGCGAGCUCUGUACCCGUCUAUCUGAGUCGGACCUCCAGACCACAAACCCACACGAGAUCCUUCAGCAGCUGAGGGACGAGGACGGAGAACCUGGCGCUCCGGGUCCUCAGGACGGAGAACAGGAGGAGAUGGGAUCAGAUGAUGGAGUGAAUCAAGAGGAGAUGGGAUCAGAUGAUGGAACAUCAGAGGACUUUAGCAGGUCCAUGAUCUCCUGCUGGAGCUCCCGAGCUCAGACACUGCUGCAGCUCCACCUGGAGGAGACCAGACUUGCAGAAGGACACGCCCAUCCAACAUCAAAGGAGGAGAGACGUCUAUCAGAUUAUAAGAUCUCCACACAGAUUCCAGCGAGUGAAUCACCGAAACAACCUAACAGAGCUGAUCACUGUCUGCUUCCUGAUUCAGCCCGGUCUUCACUCAGAGAGGAUCAGGAGGAGCUGAAGGAGGAAGAACAUGCCAAAUACACUCAGGACACGCAGUCGUCUGAGGAGGAAGAGGAGGAGCCGUGUACAGGAAGUGAGCAUCGCCCCAUACUUCCCUCCUCGGUUCUGGAUCAGGCCGGUUCGAUCGUCGAACGUUUCGUCCCGAACAGCCGGCGCUGCAGCUCCACCACCGACGAGUUCCGAUCUCCACGCGCCGCCGCACUUUCACCUGGAGAAGCUCCUGACCCUCUGUCCCCGGGGGACGAGGCCCCGCCCGGCUCGGACCGACGCCCCUGCAGGAGAAGAGACUCCACCCUGUCCACACAGGAACGCCUGAUCAUCCAGAAGAUCCGGAGCUACUACGAGAACGCCGAGCAGGAGGACGCGACCUUCAGCCUGAAGCGCCGGGAGAGUCUGACCUACAUCCCCAACGGCCUGGUGCGCUCCUCCGUCAGCAGGAUCAACAAGAUCCCCCUCACCCAGCGUCCAAUCACAGCGUCAGGACCUCCCAAAACAGACGGCGUCGGGACCGCCGGGUCUGAGGAACCUCAGGAUCCCCACAGCACUGGCUCUGAUACCCAACAGAGACCUGCAGAGCUCAGAGAAGAAACCUUCAGACCAUCCACAGAGAUGAUCCAGGUGUGGGAGGAGAUGGAGCGAGAGGUCACCAGGUCACCGGACGGACGCAGAUCCAGAGACCUGACUCAGCUCAGAGGAGCGCCUCCACCCGGUUCCUCCAGGAACCUCCGCGAUCAGGGAGAACCUGUACCAGCUGAAGAUCUCAGCACCAUCGCUGAGGAAUCACCAGCCAAGGUUCCAGGUGCAGAUAAAUCAUCAGAAAACGUCGUUUUUAAUCUGGCGAGGAUUUUCAGCCAAAACAAACAGAGUUCUGAAGCAGCCAAUCAGCCGAGGAGACGAGCGUCAGAGACCACGCCCACCUCCACGCCCACAUCACAUUUACCCCCGCCGAGGACUGAAACGAACCACAGCAACGUCAAAGGUAAGCUGAGUUUGACUCUCCCAUCAGCCCCGAGUGAUCAGACCGGACUCCCCCCACAGACCCCCGGUUCCUCCUCCAGCACCAGCAGUGUGAGGGUUCUAUCCCCAGAGCGGUUCUUCUGCAGGAGUCCUCCUCUGUACGAGGGCUUCCAUUGGCCAGAUGUUCGUGAGCUGAGAUCCAAAUACACUCGUCUGGAGGGCGCACCACUCACACCCGGAUCAGGGCGUGGCGGGGCGAGUCGGGUUCAGCGGGGCGGAUCGUUGGAUCAGAAGCUGUCCGAGUUCGCGAGGGGCGAUUAUUACGUCUCAGCUCGAGCUCCUCUGUCCAACCAGCGCACCAUCACCGUCCUGGAGAAACACACCGCCGCGCCCUCCAGGAGCACCCCCCGCUACAGCCAGGUCCGCGCGACCACGCCCCGUGACCACGCCUCCCUGCUCUCCGUCGCAGAGCGCCGCCGAGCGUACCAGGACACGGAGGAGCGCGAACCCAGAACCAGCACCGACACCGAGCGGGUCAGGAACGCCGUCAGACAGGGUGACGUCACCCAGCAGGGCGUGGUCAAGAGCCUCCGGGAGAAGUUUCUCAACCUGGGAUAAACACCGUACCAGGAGUGUUUAAUAGGUAGGGCACUACGUAGGGAAGACGAGGGGAUUUGAGACAGAGCCUGAGCAGCAGAUUUACAUAGAGUGCUGAUACUGAUACAGUAGGUUAAAUCAACAACUGUUAAGCCCUACGUAGUGCACUAAUGCAGGGAGGACUGUGGGAUUUGGGAUAUAGCCAAACACAUCCGAUUCUAAAGUCUCCAUGUUCUAAUAAUUUUCUAUAAUUUAACCUGUAACAGGUCAUAAAAAAGUGGACAGUACGUUCAGUACACUACAUAGGGUGUGGGAUUUAAUAGGGAGCCUAUGUAGGGGCUGUAAAUACAUUUGGGAUACAGCUCUAACAGUUAAACGGUUUAAUAAUAAUAACCCUGAUGGGUUCCAGUUGUUCUAAGGUUCCAUAUAGAACAGAAAUGAUUUAUAUUUUUAUGAUAUAUUAAAAUUCCUCUUUAUGGUUGAAUGUGCCAGAGUUCUACACUUUGUAGUGCACUAACGUAGGGAGGAGGGAGAGAUUUGGGAUACAGCCCUUAACUUAGUACAGUGCACUAAGUAGUCAUUGCCACACCCUACCUAGUGCACAAUUGUCGGGAGUGAGGAAUAGAUUAGGAUACAGCCUCCUCCAUCACCUCUCUACACCAUGAUGCCAAAAGUAUGUGGACGCCUGAUCAUGAGCUCGUUGUCCAUACCAUCCCUGUAACGUCUUUUAUCCUUCUGGACGGAUUUUGGAGUGCGUCUGGGGGAAUUCUGUGCCCACAAGGGCUUUUGUGAGGCCACACAGUGACCUGGGUUGCAGUCGAUGUUCCAAUGCAUCCCCAAGGUGCUCAGUGUGGUUAAAGUCACACCAAACUUCAGCAUGAAACCACGUCUUUAUAGCUUAACGGCUAUCAAAACUAACGGUUCCCAGCAGUAAGGAGGGUGUGCACAGAUCUCUGGGAGUAAGAUGAGAUACAGCCCACAGACGACGAUGCACUGUGUAGCACAAUGCAUCAUGGGAUAGUCUUCUCUCUGUAAUGCCCUAAAACACUGCAGCGCAUCCCAUCAUCCUCGUUCUGUAGAGGAGCUUCUGUGGCGUCUGUAAUGACUGUUUUUAUUAUUUUAUAUGUUUCUAUAAGCACUGAAGGACGUAAAUAAAGACUUUUAUACAGAACCUCUAUAUACUACUAAACAAAUAAUUAACAGGGAGACAACCACCACAAAGGGAACGGUUUUACAGGUGGUGACCACAGACGGUUACUCUCUCCUUAUCUCUCCUGACUGAUUCUUCACUAGUUUGGUGUUUUGCUGGUGACCUUGUACUUACCAGCCAAAUGCCGCCUGGUGUGCAGAAACCGACCGUACGGCCUCACUAAGCUAAUGUUCAGUAUUUCUGAAUGAAUUCUACACUGCUGUAUUUCUUCAUUCAUCUGAACUGAAUUCAGUAGCUGCUCAUGUAAUUCUAUUUUAUUUUGACUGGAUCGUCCCUGCACGUCACCACUGAGCUUUAUUUACAUUCCUGUGUAUUAUUUACAUGUUUAUUUUAAUUCUAUUUACAUUUUAAUCACUGGAAUCUGUGAGAAAUUGUUGUUUUAUUUGAAAUAGAACAGAACUUCUCAUCAUGAUUUAUUAAUAUAUUUAGUUUUGUUUAUUUGCUCUUCUGAACUAAAUGUCCCGCUGAGACUCGGACCCGGAGCCUCGGUGGUGUUGGGCCCCUGUGUUCAGCGGCUCCAGCACUCGAGCGCUCGUGUUAAUACUGAAUAACCACGUUUUUUCUUUUUACUGUAAUUGUUUGUGUUAUUUAUUAAUUCUGUAAAUUAUUCUUUAUGAAUAAAGUAUCAAAUAAAUAAAUAAAUAUGAUCUAUAAA